GAGACUACUAGGCGCUCGGUCCGCUUGUCCGCGGCCUGGCUGGCGGAGAACAUGGCGCUGCCCCCGGCUGCCGCGCCCCCCGGGGCUAGCGAGCCUCUCGGCAAGGCUCUGUCGGCGCUGCAGCCGGAGCCGGGCGGCAUCCCGCUGCACUCGCCCUGGACCUUCUGGCUGGACAGAUCACUUCCUGGUGCCACGGCAGCUGAGUGUGCCUCGAAUCUGAAGAAGAUCUACACGGUGCAAACAGUGCAGAUAUUCUGGAGUGUGUACAACAACAUCCCUCCUGUGACCAGCCUGCCUUUGAGAUGUAGUUAUCACUUAAUGAGAGGAGAGAGGCGACCACUGUGGGAGGAAGAGAGUAAUGCAAAGGGAGGUGUGUGGAAGAUGAAAGUUCCCAAGGACAGCACGUCCACAGUUUGGAAAGAAUUGUUGUUAGCGACCAUUGGGGAGCAAUUCACAGACUGUGCUGCAGCAGAUGACGAGAUCAUAGGAGUCAGCGUGAGCGUUCGGGACAGAGAGGAUGUCGUCCAGGUGUGGAAUGUCAAUGCCUCGCUAGUGGGCGAAGCUACUGUGCUAGAGAAGAUCCAGCAACUCCUUCCCCACAUACCUUUUAAAGCAGUGUUUUAUAAACCCCAUGAAGAGCAUCAUGCUUUUGAAGGUGGACGUGGAAAACACUAAUUGCACUCUGUAAAGAAUUCUUUGUCCUUUGCUGAUUGGUUUUGGAACCGGUCUUAACAGGAGGGAGAGUGAAGAGAAGACUUGCCGGAGCCGAUGCUGGUUCAUUUAGAGUGGGUUUCUGUCCUUGCAGUCUGGGCGAUUAGGACUCAAAGUGGCAGGUGGGGUUGGGGGAGAACAUGUGGGUUUCUGCCAUCGUAUCACUUGCUUUAAAAAGAAAGAAAAGAAAGGAAGAAAAAGAAAGAAAGAAAGAAGGAAAGAAAGAAAGAAGGAAAGAAAGA